CUGAACAUUUCUGUUCGACGCGACUCUGUAGUCUCCGACCGGAGAUACUGAAACACCAUGAAUCGGGCAGUUGAAUCUGGGGAGGUUGUCGAAAUGCAGUCGAAGUUGUGACUCAUGAGAAUUGCAAAGGUCUUGUCUCUUGAUCGAGACGACGAGAAGGCUGACGUGCCUACCAGCAUCAGCUUUUGACGAAUCGGAGCUUCCAGCGUCCAAAUCUCGGGGGCAAUUCUAUGCGGCUAUCGAGCGAGGCAGAAGACAGACACUAGAUGCGAUAGUAGAAGCAUGUGGACAAUUCAGGGCAAUCCUGCUUGCUUUUCGCCUAUGAAUUCAGCUGUUGUAUACCGACCUCGUGUAGUUUCUCUGUGCCCUACACGGCAAGAAUCUCGUUGGGAGCCUCUGUGGUCGAUCACGAGAAGUCACUCGGCCUGGAGAGCAGGACCUCCAGCAGUCGCCGGACAAUCCAGCAGCAUGAUGAGGACCUGCCGCCAGUGCAAGCAGCCUUUCGAUCCGGAGACAAAUGAUCCGCGCGCUUGCCGAUUUCACACAGCGCAUUUUGGCGGGGAGACGAAGAGAAAGUUCGAGAGUGUCUACACUGGAGGAACUAUGGAUACAGUGGGAGGGGGAGAGAUUGUUGAGUACUGGCAUUGCUGCGGGAGCAAAGACCGAUUCGAUCCAGGCUGUGAGGCCGCUCCACAUUCAUCGUACGACGAUUAGGUUCCUCUGCGAAGUCCUCGUGCGUCGAAUGGAGGGGGCAAUGUCAGUAGUCUUGUAUCGUGACUACAUUCUACAAUAAUCCGCUCGUGUUCUCCAGCUGCACUGAACUAGCGAAUUUGCCAACGGCCCUUCCUAGAGCAGAAAUGACAAUAAUAUGGGACACUCGCACCUACUUUACAAUUCGUUGGGCUCUCUGCCCGGAGAUUAUGAAAUGACAAGAAUAAAUAUUGAUUUCUGACUUUGGUG